CGGCGACUGUAGCGGUUGAGGGAGCGUUUCUCUUCGCAGCCAACCAAGGAGAGGGGCAGCCUCGCGCAGGCGCCUGACGCCGCCGGCUCACGUGAUUCCGCCUGCUGCUGGGGAUGGGGGGGAGGAAGGAGGGAGUCUCCUCCGCGACCGGCUCCACCUGCGUUCCGGGUCCAGAGAGCGGCGGCCGCAGAAUGAAGCCGGCGCUGGCGUUGCUGCUGCUGUUGGCGGCGGGGCUGAGCGGGGCCUCGGCGCAGCCGGGCGGGUUGCCGCCUGGGAAGAAGCUGCGCAUGGCCUACGCCACGGGCCCGCUGCUCAAGUUCCAGAUCUGUGUUUCCUGAGGCUACAGGCGGGUGUUUGAGGAGUACAUGCGGGUUAUUAGCCAGCGGUACCCAGACAUCCGCAUUGAAGGGGAAAACUACCUUCCUCAGCCUAUUUAUAGACAUAUAGCAUCUUUCCUGUCAGUCUUCAAACUAGUGUUAAUAGGCUUCAUUAUUGUUGGCAAGGAUCCUUUUGCUUUCUUUGGCAUGCAGGCUCCAAGUAUCUGGCAGUGGGGCCAAGAAAAUAAGGUUUAUGCUUGUAUGAUGGUUUUCUUCCUGAGCAACAUGAUUGAGAACCAGUGUAUGUCAACGGGUGCAUUUGAAAUAACUUUAAAUGAUGUUCCAGUGUGGUCUAAGCUGGAAUCUGGGCACCUUCCUUCCAUGCAGCAGCUUGUUCAGAUUCUUGAUAAUGAAAUGAAACUCAACGUGCACAUGGAGCAAAUGCCACCUCAUAGAUCAUAGCCCCAUCCUUCAGUACUGAAAACCUCUUACAUUAAGUGAAACUUUCCAAAGGCAACAUGAACGAAAUGAAUGAAGGCCUGUACUGAAGACAGCAAGCUGUUGGUACAGACUGGAUGCUCUCCUCGCCUUCAUGUUGUUCCUCCUGAGAAUCUUAAUGCAAGACCCCUUUCAGUGCUGGCAUGUUUCCAAAUACUGCACUUUCAAGGAGUGCAAUAAUACUGUAUAGAAUUAACUUUUUUAAAAAAGAGAAAAAGUUCAGCGCUAGACAAUGCAGGCAUUACAUGAUGAUAACUUUGUUUUAUAUUCAUGUUUAAGAAGAUGACAGAAUUAGUUAAAAGCCUAAUUUUUUCCUUGGAAAAAAAAUGUUGUCUUAUCUGCUUUAUAUGGAAUUUUCAGUUCCAUUUGUAGUUUGAAAUAGAUCUCUACUGGUUAUCUUUUGGACUAGUUUGGAUAAUAAUUGAUGGCUGUCAAACAUUGCUGAUUUGGUUAUGUACGUUUUGUAUAUUUUCAGAGUAUAUUGCUGAAUGAAUGGUGCAUUGUAUACUAAAUUAUAUAAACAAAGUUAUAUGCAGAGUAACUACCCUCAAUGUUGUGACUUCAGAGAAGAUCAACUGCUUUUCAAAUUCCCUUGACAGUUUAAAUUCUGUUUCCUGAACCAGUCAACAUGGUCAAAUAGCUGGGCCUCUAUACUGUUCUAAAUAUGAACUAAGCAAACUAAUUUAAAUAAAUAAAUUUCAUUUACUGUG